AUGCCGAGUUUUCCUCCAGGCCUCACCAUCUCGGCCAAGAGCCAGCACGUGCGGCAGCGCUUUCACCACUUGAUAUCCAUCCUGAAGGGGAGGGAGCAGCAUGGCGUCUCGGUCGUCAUCCCCUCGGCUUCCAUCACCGACGCUCUCGAGAGGUUCACCCUGUGGGCUGGAAACCUGGGAGCACUGCGGAACCCUCAAGCCAAGAUGUCGCUCGAUUACCGGCUCAGUGUUGCCAAAGCUGUCGAUGUGCGCACGCAAAUUCAGCGCCAGUUGGAUGAGAUGUCCGAGGCAGUAAAGAACCUGGGAAAUAUGACAUUUGGAGUCGUGCCCAACCGAGACUUGUCGUUUGACGACGACGAGCUUGCCGAAUUUGUGCUUGUCGAAGACGUCUCUGUGUCAGGCAGCGAAGCCACCGGAAAGCCGGCUGAUGAGGCGAACAUGAUCCUGGAAAUCAUCUCUGAAUGCAUCAAGUCUCUCUUUCGUAUUGGCAUUGUGGUGCGAAAAUCAGCCCCUCGCGACAGAUUCCAGAGAGCAAUGCAGCUUCCCGGGCUGGCCUUCCCCGCCGACUUUGACAUUGACUACGUCAAGCAAAAACACCCCAAGGUUGUCUCGACUGGGUUAUCUGGACGGCUUGGCGGCGCCAUUGCAAAACGAAGACAGUUCAUCAAAUACUCCAGGGACCACAAGUCCCGUCUGGGGGCUGAAGAUCGCCCCAAGGAUGAAAAGGCCGUCGAUGUGAAUCUGGAACUUCAUUCUGUCGCCACCGACCUCUUGUCCAGCAAAGCUACGACAUUUGACCCAAGCAAGACUGGCGAGGCCAACUUUGAAGAUGAAGGAGAGGAAUUCAACGAUGCAAUGUCCAUCAAGAGUGCCUCAACAAUAACCGAGGCACUAUCUGUCCUGAAGCUGCCUCGCCUGGCCGACCUCGCACCCGACGAUGAGCCGUUCGAGUGCCCCGUGUGCUUCACGCUGCAGUCGUUUAAGCAUGAGAGGUCGUGGCGAUCGCACGCCCUGCGCGACCUCAAGGCAUUCGUGUGCACGCUCGGCGGCUCGGAUUGUGAUGCCGAGUUCUUUGUAGAUGCCGAGUCCUGGUUCGAGCACGAGCUGAAGCAGCACAGGGCCCAAUACAAAUGCGUCCUCUGCAGCCAUGGUCCAGUUCCAGCCAAGGCAUUGGGGGAACACAUCACGUCGGCUCAUGGACCGUUUCCGGCAGACCAGCUCGGCAUGCUCUUGGAAGCUGGACAGCAAGCCGUCACCAAGUUCAAGGCAAGGGAUUGCCCGUUUUGUGACGACUGGGCAAGCGCCCUUGCAAGGAAGACAAAUCUAGAGGGAAAGCCGGGGACACCGGCAGAGGAAAUAUCUGUUACUGCUAGUCGGUUCAAGAGACACGUCGCGGCACAUCAGGAGCAGCUGGCUAUCUUUGCACUGCCCCGGGCGACUGAAGAACCGGGGUCGUCACGCCAGGGCUCGACUGCCUCUUCUCAGAGCACCGAAGAGUCGGUUCGUGAACAAGAGACGAACAAAGCGAACAUAAAGUCUUGGUGGCAAGACAUUGAGGCCAAUCCGCCACAAGCCGAGCCUUCGCAGCCCGAGCCUGCCAUCUCUGCAAUACCCGCCCUUCGCCUUCCAACCCCAAUCGCCGUCGCGGCAUCCGAGCCGGAGCUAUCACGUCAGCCUCUGGUCCCUAAUAUUCCUGCACCAGAACUCGGGCCUCAGCUAGCAGGACAGAGGCCUUUUUCCGUAGUCCCAGUUCCACGUAGGCCGCUAGCCAGGGUCUCAAAAACGGCGCCACCGCCAAAAAGUCCCCAGGGAGUUCCCUACUAUGGAAUCGACUCAAAUCCCAUCCCAGCAAGACCCCGUCCACCAGUGAAGUUCUAUGAGAAAGCGCCAGAGCUACAAAGUCCCAGGGAGACUUCCUACUAUGGGGACGGUCCAACCGUCACUCCGGCAAGCUUGCGUCCUCGGGCUAUUACCCAAAACCGACCCACCAGCUACUAUGCAUCAUUACGGCCACCGUCAAAUUUGAGAUUCUACGCUCAGCAACCACAACCACCCCCACAAACAUCACUCGAUGAGGAUAGUGACUUUCCCAGACAAGUCUACCCAAUGCCGCCGAGUUCAUAUAUGCCACCGCCGCCAAUAGAGUAUUUCUCUAUGAGGCCCCUCCAAUCGAGGUUUCGAAAUGGGCGGCCUACAGGCAUGGCUUACUAUCCUCCUCCUACUUUCUCCUCGUAUGACGAUUCUGAUGUCAACUUAUCUCCCUUAUCUCGAAGACCGUCUGCGGCUUCAACCAACACGGACAGUCAAGUAAUGCCUCCGCCGCCAAGACCCAGCUCGGCAACAGACUUUCGCUCACUUCCGCUUGAUGCUUACGAUGAAGUCGAUCGCUAUGAGUAUGAUCUUGCCUCUAGACCACAACGGCUGUCCCAAGACCAGCCAUCCGGCCUAAGAGUAGCUGUUGGUAUGAACGAAGGCGCCAGGACAGCCAUGUCGCCCCCGCCCAGGCCGAGUGCGCCAAUGGGCUACCGUGACCUGCAAAUUCGUCCCCCGCCAGUUCCACCAUCUGGUGUGAAUGAAUAUAAACACUACCUGCAGUCCUUACCUUCCUCUAGACGACAGAGGCAGGCCGAUGACCUAUCAGUAGGGCAGAGUAUUGCCCCACGGCCGCGGCCACGGACUACAAGAGACCCUCUACCAUCGGUCACCUACCAAGGAAGCGACUUCGUGACUCAAGUCGCUGGGACCGGUACCAGGACACGGCGGUUAGCGAUAUACUAUGGCGACCCAAACCCGUCACUAACCAACCCGGAUUCAACUCGGCCGCUGCCACCCCCUCCCCUGACGGCGGACACCCUGCGGAAAGCCGCGAGAGGAGAGAAGGCAUCUGAUGCCGUCGUCGUUGACGUUCGUAGGGAGGGCCGGCGCAAACCUGUUGGGCCAAAGGAGCGGGAAGAGCACAUGAAAUGGCUGCGGCAGGAGCAGGAAGAGCACAGGGAGCGGCGGUCGGCCGCAGCAGGAGACAGCGCCGGAACGGCCGCCGACGGCAAGCAACAACGCCGCGUAAGCCCCGCCUCACCAACGCGCAGCUCCGGCAGCCGGGGCGAGGAUGACGGCGCCAAAAGCAGGUACACAGCCUACCCCGAUCAUACGACGCGGGGAUCGAGGGCCUGGAACCCCAAUGAACACAAUAACGACGACGAAGAUGUUACCAUCCGGAUCACGGGAAACACAGUGCUACGGAUCGGCGACACGGAGAUGAAGGUUACGGACGGCGCCGAGAUCAAAAUCCCCAACUCGCAAUUGUCGCCGGGGAUGCAGGCUGGCGGGACGGAGGUAGACACUACCAAGAAGUCUGGCCUGCACGUCGAUCCAAGCGACAGCGCCAAGGACCUGCUAAUCACCACUAGCGCUCCACAGCUAACGAUCUCUGAGACCGCAGGCUCUUACUCCCGCCAAUCCCCCGCGUACGACAGAGAUUCGAUUAUUCCCCCUUAUCCUGUUUAUCCAACUUAUCCGACGGAGGGUUAUUUUUAA